CCGCCCUCUUCACUGCGGGUUCGCUGCAGAGAGAAAGAGUGUGGGAGAGUCGUCCGCUCGCCGAUAGCCGGGAGAAGCAGUUCUCAGCACCACAUCGCAUCAUCUCGAUAAGCCGGAAAAAAAAAGAAACAAGCUAUUAGAAAAUGGCCAGCACCAAGGAACAACUCAUUCAUCAUGUGCACACUGACGAGGCUGCUGGUUCCCGCAGCAAAGUCACAAUAGUAGGAGUAGGUGCAGUCGGCAUGGCCUGCGCUAUCAGCAUCCUUUCAAAGGAACUCGUUGAUGAACUCGCUUUGGUAGAUGUGAUUGAGGACAAGCUGAAGGGAGAGAUGAUGGACUUGCAGCAUGGAAGCCUGUUCCUGCGCACCCCUAAGAUUGUGGCAGGCAAAGACUACAGCAUAACAGCCAACUCAAAACUGGUGGUCGUCACAGCGGGGGCUCGCCAACAGGAGGGGGAGAGUCGCCUGAACCUGGUGCAGCGCAACGUGAACAUCUUCAAAUUCAUCAUCCCCAACAUUGUCAAAUACAGCCCUGACUGCAUCCUCCUUGUGGUUUCCAAUCCCGUUGACAUCCUGACCUAUGUGGCCUGGAAACUGAGUGGCUUCCCCCGGCACCGGGUGAUUGGCAGCGGUUGUAACCUGGACUCUGCCCGCUUCCGUUACCUGAUGGGAGAACGUCUCAACCUUCAUGCAUCCAGCUGCCAUGGCUGGGUUAUUGGGGAGCACGGUGACUCCAGUGUUCCCGUGUGGAGUGGAGUAAACGUGGCUGGCGUGUCUCUGAAGUCUCUGAACCCCGAUAUGGGGACGGAGAAGGACAAAGAGAACUGGAAGGAAGUGCACAAGCAGGUGGUGGACAGCGCCUACGAAGUGAUCAAGCUGAAGGGCUACACCUCCUGGGCCAUUGGAAUGUCCGUGGCUGACUUGGCACAGACCAUACUCAAGAAUCUUAGGAAGGUGCACCCCGUCUCCACAAUGGUUAAGGGAAUGCACCACAUUUCCGAUGAAGUCUUCCUGAGCGUCCCCUGUGUUCUGAGCAACAGCGGCAUCUCUGACGUGGUGAACAUGACGCUCAAGGCAGAAGAGGAGGAUCAGCUGAAGAAGAGCGCCAGUACCCUCUGGGCGAUACAGAAGGAACUGCAGUUUUAAGUAAAGUGUGUACACAAAACCACCCCCCCCAAGUCCCCGAGCCCCAAAGCCUGACGGCCUACUCACGCCUACUAGCUUGUCACAAAAAGAGGCAGCCAUGUUACUGACUGCUUAUGUGUUUGUCCCAAUUUGGUCAAAAAGCCGUGUAUUUGCUUAGGUCAGAGUGUCCGUGUGUGUCUGUAAUGUCUUCCUAGCACUCCUUUAGAGAAUAUAUCUAUAUUUUACAUUAUAUUUAAAAAACAUUAGCUUAUAUUGUCAGCUGAAUGAAAAUUGAAAUUGAAACAAAAACCAGUAAAAACAUUUUUCUUAAGCAGGGUUUGUCUUCUCCAUCUCUGUCUAACAGCCCCUUGCAGUCAUUUUUUGCCUAAAUAGCACUGAUCGCCCCCAUAGUUGUUCGUUCCAUUCGCGGAGGCAUCAGGUGGUUUCUUUUCAAAUGACGAGGUAGAAUUGUUUUUUCCAAGAUUCUAUAAUCGUCUACUGAUCCUGAAAAAAACGGGUACGGGCGAGGAGUAACACUUGCCGGUUUGGAUGGGCCAAACAGCCAGCUAACCGGAACCCUGGUGCAACGGAAGGUGUGCACGUUGUAAAGCAAACAGCAAAACCUCCACUAAGCACAUUUCAAAACUAAGUGGAAGAAAUUUGAAUUUACCAAUGUAUUUAAGAACGAGGCCUCGACUUGAGUGCGAUUUCUACUCUGGCGGUGGUCUCGAUGGAGUUUGCAUAAUCUCGUCGUUUGCUUGGCUUUCUCUUAUUUAUUUUUUUUCCUGCAAACGGCAACUCUAAAUUUGUAGUGAAAAUGGAUGCAGAAAUAUUCCGAGUGUAGCUGAUCCGCCCACGAAAAUUGAACCUCUGCUGAACAAGUGGGUGCCACUAUAAAUCGUUAAACAUCUCGGAGCAAGAAUUGUCACACCUCGUAAGAACAAAAGAAAUUUUAGUGGAGAAGACCAGCCAUUUGGAAUUUGAUCACGUAUUUGCUGGAGUACCGAAAACUCUAAUAAGAACUCAUAGUCGAUAACUCAGCUCCAGGUGUUAAAACCAAAGUCAUUCUUUUCAAAACUACCCUUGUUCACUUUAAACUACAUCUUUACUCCUUUCUCCUUUAUCUUUUUUUUAAUUCCUUUGUUCACAAUCCUAGAUAUUUCGCAGCAUUUCACUCACACUUAGCCAAAGCUAUGUGAAGCAUUGCACAAAAUGGCACCCGUGGCAUCCUGCGCAUGCAGGGUAAGGGGUACGUGACCCCUACAGUCCUCGCCAUAAGAAUGUAAAUGAACCAAUGAAAACAAACGGUAUCAAAUGUCUGUUUUAUACAACCGCAGUAACAUUUUUGAAAACAAAGCCACCUAAACAGUCAAACUUUUUCCGUUCAAUAACACCUUAAAGUUUAAGAGCUUUGUGGAAAUUUCUUCAUUUUAAUCUCUGUGCGAUAACCUGACUCCCGUGUAAGAGAGUGGGCGAAUCGAUCAGGAGCGUUUUGAUAAACCUUGCGUUUUUUAUUUUUUAAUAAAAUGACCCCACGAAUGUGGACAGUGACUAUGGCUAUGAUGCACGCGGUGAGGCGAUGAAGUUCACUUAUCAUGGUUUUCAGUGAUCCCCAAUAAAGUCAACCUUGCACAACACCCAGAAUGUGAAAACAUCAAUCACAAGUAAAAAGAAGCGGUACAAAAUGAACUAUGAGUGGUGCAAAAAUGCACUCAGGCCCCACUACAGCCUGGGAAAGUUAUUUCAAACGUGAAAUGUUUGUUUACUGCUUAAAAAUACAGUGAACUAAAAUUUGCGUUCAGUUUAGAAUAUUCUCGUCACGAUUGUCAACGUCAAUGGUGACUAAAUUUUCACUCUGUGUUGCUAAACGACUUUGCUCUGAAGAUGUGCAGAUUUUGCCUUUACAUUUAUAAGACGCUCAACACGAAAUUGCUGACUUCCACUGUACCAGGGUUAACGGCACGUAAAAUCCAUUCCAAACCGAACGCUGUAUUGCUUUUCUUCUCCGCAGAUAUUUUUCCAAGACAAGAAAGUGAUAUAAUUCUAAAAUUUGGAACGACUUCAUUGACGUGAUGGAGUCACGGUAUGCUGUAUGUGUUUAGCAGCUCUGCUUCCAUGUGCUGUGUGCCAUAUUGUGACGUCAGUGUUCACAAUGUCAUGCAAAAAUAGGCUGCUCUGUUCGCUCACAAUGUUAUGAAUGAUGAUGUUUGCAGUCACUGGAGCGGAUUACUUUUAUCGAGAGAGUGAAUAUUUUUCACACUGAAAAUCGACAAAAGCAGCUGAAAGUCUGUCACCCACUGAUGACGGGACACCGAUGACAUGUAUUUUCCUGACUGUGUUGCCCUUUUAACACACCACUCCAGUAAGGUGCUCUGGUCAUUUUUCUUGACGUGUAUUAAUUACUGCAUUGUGCUUCUGUAUUAUGGCAAAUGUAACAACAACAAAGCAAGAGAAGUGGCUGAGGUAUCGAACGCUACCAAAUAAACCUUCCAGAAAACAA